UUGGAGAAGUCUCACUGUUUUCUUCUUGCAGUCCAGAGAGCACGGCCGCUCGUGGCAAGGCAGGGGAGGUAAAACGAAACCGAGGACAGUGUAAAGGCGGGAGGAGGUAGACAAGCCUGAUUAAUUAGUCAAAUAAAGCCUCGGUAACCAAACACUAGACUCGGGGUCAAGGCUGAAGACAUCACUGUACCUGUACAAAAGGCUAGGACGGUGCUGGUUUGCCCGCACAAGAAACCGCACGAGGAAACCAGGCUCCAGAACGUUGAAGGAAAGGAGUGUUUAGCGUGCAUUUCCCGAACACACGGAGGAAACUGACUGCGAAUGUUGCCAAGACAGAAGCAGGCUACGCAGUUUCUCCUGGAGAAAUAGCCGGCCCACCUUCGUUUCUCUGAAGCGUCGCGGAAUCGUCACACGCACACGCCGGGCGAUGCGGCAUGUAGGCUGCAAGUGUUGGAAAUUCGUAAGUUGGGGAAAACCGCUGUCUAGUUAGACUGGAAAAAUGUAAACAGACGGGUUGGAUUCCAAACUGCGUACACGUCCCCCCCUCCCGGGAUAUUCGCGAUGGAGCGGGUCGAGCCGAACCUGGAGACAUUGGAGCCCCCUAUUCACAGCGCCCAUGGUCCGAACCGGAUCAGACCCUCGUCCUACCGGGCGCUACGCAGUGCCGUGUCCAGUCUGGCCCGCAUCGACGACUUCAUAUGCGAGAAAAUUGGUUCAGGGUUCUUCUCAGAAGUGUUCAAGGUGCAGCACAGGAGCACGGGGCAGGUGAUGGCCCUGAAGAUGAACAUCAUGGCCAGCAACAGAGCCAACAUGCUGAGGGAGGUGCAGCUGAUGAACCGUCUCAGGCAUCCCAACAUCCUCAGGUUCGUUGGAGUGUGUGUUCACGAGGGGCAGCUCCACGCGCUGACAGAGUACAUCAACGGGGGGAACCUGGAGCAGCUGCUGGCCAGUGAGGACUACCUGUCCUGGGCCUCCAGGGAAGCCCUGGCCCUGGACAUCUCCAGGGGCCUCCAAUACCUCCACAGCAAGGGCAUCUUCCACAGGGACCUCACCUCCAAGAACUGCCUGGUGCGCUGGGAGGGCGGUGCGUGGUCGGCCGUGGUGGGGGACUUUGGUCUGGCAGAGAAGAUCCCAGAGUACAGUGAGGGGACCAAUCAGGAGCCUCUGGCUGUUGUGGGCUCUCCCUACUGGAUGGCCCCGGAAAUGCUGAGAGGAGAGCUGUACAAUGAGAAGGUGGAUGUGUUUUCAUAUGGCAUCGUCCUGUGUGAGGUCAUCGCCAGGAUACAGGCUGACCCUGAUGUCCUCCCUCGCACAGAGGACUUUGGUCUGGACGUGGAGGCCUUCCAGCACAUGGUGGGAGACUGUCCGUCAUCCUUCCUGGACCUGGCCGUCACCUGCUGCAAUAUGAGUGCGGGCCGCCGCCCGCCAUUCUCAGAGAUCGUGGCAGAGCUGGAGCAGAGAGAGACAGAGACUCAGAAAGACCAACCAGCAAUGAAGGUGUCUGUGUCUCCUGAGCUUGACUUGGCGAGGAGGCGGUCCCUCCGCGCCCCCUCCUCUGACCCACGGCUCUCCCGCAGCAAAUCAGACAUGCUGCCCCCGGCCACGCCCCCGACGCUGGCCCUGCCCGCCCGCGUCAACCCCUUCUCCCAGAGGGAGGACCUGAAGGGGGGCAAGAUCAAGCUGUUUGACACGCCCAGCAAGUCCGUCAUCUCCCUCACCUUCACCCUCCCCCAGCCCCCCAGCCCGGACAGCUGCCACCCCACAGACCCCCGCGGGGACGGGGGGGCGGCCCCCCGUGGACGCCACCGGCGCUGCCAUUCGCUGCCAUGCACCCCCCCUCCGGACAUCGCCACCCCCCAAGAGUUCACCCUGCCCCCUGGAGACGUCCCCGAGGGUGAGGAGAGGGAUGGGUGGAGGGCGGAGGAUGGAGAGAACGAGGAGCUUAGUCUGGGAGGCUUGGAGGAGGAAGAGGAGGAGGGGAAGAGAGAGAGAGUGAACCUCCCAGCCGAAGAAUCAGGUCUUCCCCUCGACCUCGAGCUGCUGUCCCUGGAACAAACGGAGGAGGAAGAGGAGGAGGAGAACGCAGUGGAGCCGAUGGACUGCACCAGCUCUCCGGACAAACUGGACGGCCCUCUCUCUCUUUCCUCUCCCUCGCCCUGCUCCUCCCCCUCCCCCUCCCUCUACACCAACGGCUGGGCCAUCAGUCCCGUCUCCAACGCCCCCCCCUCGCUGCCCCCGCUCCCCAUCCUGGACAACAACAACACCACGGUGGUGAUGAGCCGCCCCCUGGCCUGGGGGGCGCCCAGCAACAACGGGUACCGCUCCCCGUCCGAGGGGGGGGACCCCCCCGGGGCCCCCUCGCCCUUCGGCUCCAGCUCCGGCCACUCCCUGGACCAGCAGGACGAGGUCAUUUCCUGUCCGGGCUGCUGCCUGGCGGGCUUUCGCUUCCCCUCGGUGUGUCUGCGCGCCCCCCCGCGACGGAACCCCUACAAGAACUUGAACGGGGACACGGCAUCUGCCAGGGACCUUCUCUACAAGGGGGGGCCAAAGGGGGGGCUCUCGCCCUCCUCCCCGGAGGCGAGCCGGGUGCUGCCUGGGGCACAGACAUAGGCGGCUGAGUGUUGGUAGUCUGGGCCUGCCUGCUCCGCCCGGCACGGCCCUGGUGGGCUGGGACACAUUCCACUCUCCUACCAGUUGUGUUGAUGCUGCUGCCCUCUGCUGGACUGAGGUUGUAAAGUCAGCUUUUGAACGGAGCUGAAUGAAGCUUAACUGAACCGUCUCGUUAACCCAACCAGGAUCCUUUGGUUCUGUCUAACCAAUAAGAAGCAGUGAUGCUGCUUGUCCCUCAGCAUGAAACACUCCCAUUGGUCCAGGUUGUUGGGUGUGACGUACUGUGACUGUAUGAAUGUUCCUGCCAUUAUCCUUGGACGAUGCCUCCCCCAAACCUAGCGGCUGUAUGUACUCUAACUGGCUGAUGAUGAUGAUGAUGAUGCUCAAAUGAGGAAUGUUGUUAUGACGAGUAUUAUUCUAAUGUUAUGAUUUGGAUGUUGUAGUCAUCGGGAUGGGCAGUUUGCCUUGUUAAGCUCAAGAGCUGCACAGUGUACCUGUGUGUGUGCAUGCGUGCAUGUAUGUGGGUCUGCAAUGAAUCGUGUGUGUGUGUGAGCGUGUGUGCUGGCUGCUUCUUUUCCCUGAUAAAGCACUUAAACCGUGUUAUUAUUACAGAUAUUGUUAUUAUUUUUUCCCGUUCCGAGACCAAGCUACAAACAGAGCUGUACAGAUUCCUAUUAUUUAAAAAUGCUGUUGAAUAAAAACAUAG